AUGAAAUAUUUUUCAAUCCUCCUCUUGAUUCCUUGUGUAUGCUCUUUUAAAUAUCUUUCAGCAACUGUCCAUUCACAAGAUGUCAAGCCUAUCCCAAAGCGAGAUCCAUGACACCCUCACCUUUAUUUAGUCCAUGACGAAGUGGGAGAUGGCUAUGAAAUUCGAAAUUCCCAUGAGUUUUAUGAUGUAUCUGUAAGCUUUCUGGAGACAAAAGAAAGCUCCCCAGGCGUUAUGAACUGUGAAUGCAGAUUCGUUCAAAGUGAUUUAACUGAUGAAGAAGACUCAACAGAAUUUUUACAAGUAAUCACUCCAAAUACCCAGAAAAGGCUAGAAGUAGCCCAACAGCAGGAAAAAGAAAGGUUAAAAGAAAUUCCAAUUGGGGUGAAUCCACAGUUUGUGCAGAGCACUAAGCCUUUAAGAGUCGACACAAGGAGAGAGAUAAGAAACCCUCAGCUGAUUGAAACGAAUGAGAAUUUAGAAAUGCAAAAGAAAGAGAAAAGCUAUGAAACUGCAAAGCAAAAUCUAGAAAUCCCACAAGAAAACAGCUAUAAAAGGGUAGAAGUGCCCUCUUCAGGCUAUGAAAACAAUAGUGAAUAUCAGCCAAUGCUGGCGCCAAGAGUUUUUGAAGCUCCUAAGCAGCAUUUUUUCAGGGAUUCCCCACCUCCUGCACCUUAUUAUGCUGAAGCAAGGCCAUUGUACCAGCCUCAGGUAUUUCAAAAUGAAUAUAAAGCUAGCUAUAGCCCAGAAAGUUACCCUCCUCCACAAUAUAUUGAAGAAAGAGCUCAAGGGUCUCAAUAUAUUAAAGAAAGGUCCCAAGAAUACGCUCCAAAAUAUGUGGAAGAAAGGCCGCCACAAUAUGUCGAGGAGAGACCUCAAGUUUAUCAAUAUAGCAACGAUGCUUCACAAGUGCCAGUUUAUCAGGAUGAAAGAGCUACUUAUCAGCCACAAUCAGCAGAGUACUAUGAUCCAAGAUAUAUUUCCAAUUCUAAUUCCCCACCUUUAAAUUCGAAUAAAAAAUCCUAUUCCAAUUGAAAGCGGAAUUUUUUUAAAUAAAUUCUAAAAAAAAAUAAAUUAAAUACAAUGUUUUUGAAUUUUAAUUUAUUUUAUGAAGAAUUAAUUUAAAUCAAUUCAUCCUGAAACUGUUUAAAAUAAUAUUCUACUUGAUCCUUUUUCAUUAAGGUCAUGCUAAUUUUAUAAAAAUUAGUACUUCUUUCAGCGAUAAAAUUUUCCUUUUUCAAAAAAAUUUAUUCAAUUUAAAACGAGGUUUAAUACCCGAAAAAUGGAAAUUUUACCAAUAAUUUGUGUCAAUUUACAGGAGAAGUAAGGUAGUCUACGUAUACCCGCCUUAUCCUUACUUUCUCUAUUUAAUAAUUUUUAAUCAUAUAAAUUUGUCUAAUGACUUUAGUCAAGUUUUCUUAUUUUAUUAAAUAAAAAAAUUACCUUUUAAAGAGCUAG